GUCUUGACAUCCCCCUCAGUGACUCCGUGGACGACGUGGAGGACGUAGAGGGCGACACAAGCUCAAGGAAAAGCGGAUCCAGUCCCAAGAAGAAGAAGGCGACCAGAAGCUGCGGAUAUUCUCACCAUCCCAGGCUAGACCGCUCCCUCAACAUGUCGGCCACAAUGUUCAGUUCGACGGACCUUCAACCAGUCACGCUGGUCUUGCAAGAGAUCCAGACCGUGACCUCAUCUAUGCGCCGAAAUCAAAGAUGGGCCUCAUCAUCGAGCUCAUUCGCGACUUCGGCCGCACCUCUGCCUCCGUCGUUGCGCCGAGGAAGGAGCUCCUCAGCUGCUAGUUUUUCUCGGAAAAAGGGCGGCGGUCGAGCCAGCUUGGACAAUCAAGAAGGAGAUCUCAUGGAUGGGUUUGUAGAGCUCAGGAGGAACAUGUCAGGUGUGAAAGAUAUCACAUCUAUCAACCCCCUGGAUGUGGUCACCCCAUUCUUGUCCCUGAUCAGAUCACCUCUUACCUCUGGACCCAUCACUUCUUUAGCUUUGACUUCUCUCAACUCUCUCAUCACAUCCAUACUACCACUAUUCUUCGACGCGCCUCCAUCAACCAUCACGCCAUCCACUUCCCUUCAGAUCUGUCUGGCAUACAUCACUUCGACACUGUCUCAAUGUAGAUUUCCAUCUUCCUCACCUCAAUCCGAUGAACUCGUUCUCUUAAGACUACUUCGAGUGAUUGAAUCGCUCUGCGCACCUCUCGUACUCCCCUCCACUUCAUCCGCGUUCCAUCUGACUCUUCUCGACCAUAUGGGCGACGAAAGCGUUUGCGAAUUACUCGAAGUUGGACUUGGAAUGUUGGCCCGCGCUAGAUUGAGUGACGGUCUGAGGAAUGCAGCUCAGAGCUGUGUUCAGACCUUGACUAGGACAGUCUUCAUGCGCUUGAAACAUCUGGCACCGGAGCAAGUGGACGAAUUGUUACGCGCUGCGAAACAGCUGGAAGAUGAAAAGGUCGAGCGACAGAAGGAGAGGAGACGGCUGAAAGCAGAGAAGAGGAAGCAGGCGGAGGAAGAGGGAGCCCGUGAUGGUGGACAGGAUGGAAAGGUUGCUGUCGAAAAGCCCGGCAAGAGGCCAGGAGAAAUGCGAGACAUUGGUCAGGAGGCGAACGAGGAGCAAGCUUCAGAUUCGGAGGAUUCAGAAUCCCCUCUGCUCUACACUCCUUACGGGCUGCCAACAGUCCUUGAGCUUUUGCGAGUCCUCAUUGCUUUGCUGGAUCCCUCUGAUCAAGCACAUACCGACUCCAUGCGGCUCUCAGCGCUCGCCAUCCUAAACACGGCUCUCGAAGUUGGAGGGACAAGUCUUGGGAAAUGGCCAGAGCUGAGAGAGGGUGUCAGGGAUGAAGGAUGUCGUUACCUAUUCCAACUCACGCGAUCCGACUCCCCUUCACUUCUCGCUCAAUCCCUUCGUACGACUUCGACCCUCUUUUCGACGCUCUCGCCACAUCUCAAGCUGCAACUCGAACUCUUCCUCUCUUAUGUCAUUGACAGAUUGGCGUCCUCUCAGCAGUCUACUGGCCCGCUGAAUCUCAACCCUCCGAAUGCGAUUUCAAGACCAGCAUCCCCAGCCAUCGCAGCCAACACCACUGACGGUGACGAGAAGAAAGGUCCUACCAUCGGAACCGCUCCGAAUACAGGUCCAUCCACCCCAAGACCCCUCACUCUGUUACCUCCAGUCCCAGCUGAAUCCAGAGAAUUGAUCUUGGAGACCUUGACACAGAUCGCCUUACGACCUAGCUUUAUGGUGGAUUGUUGGAUCAACUAUGAUUGUUCAACGGACAGUGAGGACAUCUUUGAGCGUCUAAUCGAUUUCUUAACAAGGGGAGUGUACCCUGCUGGACCGCCCAAGCAGGACGGUUCCACACCCCUGUUCGACGGUCUUGAUAGUGCUCAGCUAUUAUGUCUCGAGACCCUGCUCUCUUUCGUCAGUGCUAUGGCGAGUAGGUUGGAAGAAGGGGAUGAAAAAUGGUCAAGGUCAUACCCAACUAUCGAAUCGCUCAACUCUGGCAAAGCGCGAAAGGCGGUAUUCCUCGCUGGUGCCGCGGCUUUCAACACGAAACCCAGGCAGGGAAUCGCGUAUCUCGAGGAGAAAGGGGUCAUUGCACCCGACGACAAGGACGAGGGCACCCCAGAGCAAAAACGGACAAAGGCGAUCGCCCGGUUCCUCAAGCAGUCAUCGAGGUUGGAUAAAAAGUUAUUGGGAGAUUACAUUUCGAGACCAGAUCAAAUCGAGCUGUUGACGGCUUUCAUUAAAUUGUUCGACUUCCGCGGGAAAUCUGUCGCAGAUGCCAUGCGAGAGCUACUAGAGACGUUUAGAUUACCUGGCGAAGCUCAGCCCAUUGCUAGAAUCACCGAAGUCUUUGCAGAACAUUUCUUCUCAUUCAAACCUCCGGGCAUCGCGGACCAAGAUGCCAUCUAUGUCUUGGCUUACUCGGUCAUCAUGCUCAACACUGAUCUCCACAACCCCCAGAAUAGGAAACGGAUGACCAUUGACGAUUAUAAACGAAAUCUACGGGGCGUGAACGGAGGCAAGGACUUUGAUCCCGAGUAUUUGGCUUCGAUUCACGAAUCCCUACGCAAGCGCGAAAUCAUUCUGCCCGAGGAGCAUGCUGGACAACAUGGUUUCGACUACGCUUGGAAGAGUCUCAUGUUGCGCUCCAGGACGGCUGGACCUAUGAUUAUCUGCAACACGGCGAGCUUUGACGAACAAAUGUUCAGUCUCGCUUGGCGAAAGCUCAUCUCAUCCAUCGCAUAUGCUUUCACGAUGUCUGCACAAGACGAGCAUGUGAUCCAAAGAGCAAUCACAGGGUUCCGUCAAUGCGCUUCCUUGGCAGCCCAUUUUCGCCUCCCCGAGGUCUUUGACACGAUCGUUCAAUCAUUGUCAAGCGCUACUGGUCUACUGGAUGACGGCGAUCUCCACAUACCCACCGUUUCCUUCCCUAGCGCGGAGAAGGACGGUCAGACGCUUAUCGUUUCUCCUUUAUCUAUCCGAUUUGGCCAAAGCUAUAGAUCACAACUGGCAACUGUGGUCCUAUUCACCAUUGCCAACUCGCACGCCUCAGCCGUUCGGGAAGGAUGGCUGCAGAUCUUUGAAAUGUUCCAGACCUUGUUCCUUCAUCGACUCCUUCCGGGGCCAAUGCUCCAGAUGGAGGAUUUCCUGGCGGGAACCACGACGAUCCCCAUGAAAGCGUCCAACGCCGCGGCUGUAUCUGAGCGAAGGUCUGAAGGUGGUGGUUUACUGUCGACACUGUCUUCGUACCUUCUUUCACCUUAUGGUUCAUCGACCGACCAUUUGGUGAUGGAAGCUUCGGAUGAGGAUGUGGAGAAUACGUUGGUAGCUGUGGACUGUCUGUCUUCGUGCAAAUUGGAGGACCUGUAUGGCGAGAUUCUCAAACUCGAGCUUGAUGCCUUGCUUCCUGCUUUGCGGGCGCUCCGCGCAUUGGCAGAAGCACGCACAAUCGGCAAGCUUGCCAAUAGACAGGGAUACCGCGAGUCUGGAUCACCAACUCAAUCAUCGUCGUACGAUGGCCAACUACCAUACGAUCCAGCUUGUGUCUUCCACCUGGAGACGAUGGUCAGUCUGGCUAGUAGAGGCAAAACGCACAUUGCCGAAACUUGGCCAAUUCUGUUUGAGUUCUUCGCGUCAUUACUCGGAUCUGCACAGAGUUACAGUGUUUUGGUCGUCGAGCGUGCAGUUGUCGGUCUCUUGAGGCUGUGUCUCGUUGUGUCCGAGAACCCCGCAAUGCGCGAUCAACUCUACCUCGCGCUUGACGUUCUCCGCUCGCUCCCGUCCACUGUCCUCAAUGCAGUCUCCGAACAGCUCAUGGCUGGUGUCGCUCGUAUCCUCGAGAAAGAUUCUUCGGUCGUUCGAUCGCAGACCGAGUGGGGCCUCAUCAUUGCCCUAUUCAGAGCUACUGUCGCGCAUCCCGAGGCAUCCAAAGUGACAUUGUCCAUUGUGCAACGCAUGGCGACGGGCAAAGAUGGACUCGAGCUCAGUGCUGACAACUUUGGAGGCGUUGUGGCACUCCUCGAUGAAUUUGCUACGGCAGCUGGUGCGGCAGCUGCUGGAAGACAGCAACAGACUAGGAGAUCUAGUAUAAACGCUCAGACGCCGACGCUCGGUCCUACUGUUGAACGUGGUCUGACUGCCCUCGACUCGUUGUACGAGUUGCGGAAUGUCAUUCCCGAGCUCAUGGCCUCGAGCAAGCUAUCUGAACGAGAAGCUUGGAAUGCCUUCUGGCUCCCACCUCUGCUCGUCAUUGGUAAACAAUGCGUCAACACCCAUCGAGAAAUUCGCCAACGAGCUGUGGCAUAUCUUCAGCGCUUUCUCCUCUCGUCCCAGUUGCUGUCUGGCCCUGAAUCGACGCUGCCGACCAUCCUCGACCGUGUUCUUUUCCCAGUCUUGGAUGAGUUGCUCAAACCUCAAGCGUAUGAACGUGAUCCCCAUGGCAUGGCCGAGACGCGACUUCGAUCCGCGACUCUGCUGUGUAAAGUUUUCUUGCAAUACGUCGUGAGACUAGUGGAAGGCCGAUCAGACGAAGUGGGAAGUCUCUUCGUGAGGGUACUGGACAAGCUGGAAAGGUUGAUGCGAGGCGAGAGAGAUUUGCUCAGCGAAGCGGGUGAAUCGCUAAAAAAUGUCGUGCUGGUCAUGCACUCUUCUGGAUUACUCGUGCCUCCACCUCACCCUCAAGCGCCAUCUGACCCUCGUACAGAGACUCAGAAGGAAUUAUGGAACGCCAGUGUCCAGCGAAUCGAGAGGGUUCUCCCUGGUUUCUUGGGCGAAGCUAUUCCUGCGCCUUUGCCUCCGCCUCCGCCGAAAACUGCAGCUGCCCCAGCUCCAGAACAGUCACAGAUACAGGCGCCGGCGCAGGCGACCACAGAACAAGUUCACGACUCUCCGUCAGCAUCUGCAUAGAUGAACAUUCCUUCCCCAUCUUCUUCUUUCUCAUCCU